AUGCCUUCACAUCUUUCUGCAUUCAAACCCCCCAACACCAUGAACUCUGCCCUUAGGCUCGUCUCUUUCCAGUCUCCCUCUAUCAACCAAAAACAACGCCCACUGUCCCAACGGCAGCACAUAAGCGCUGAGUGGAGGAAGAGGCAACAAUAUUCGCCAAAGCCCAUACGAGCGAUACCAGGACCAAAUGCAACGGGAGGACUCAACAAUGCUGAGCGCGGAGGUAAUACCUUACCAUCUUCACCCAUGACAGAUGUGAUUCAGGAGUUGUACUCCUCCCUCAAUGACAAGGACAUAGCACGGCUCACGGAGCUGAUUGACCCUGAUUGCACCGUCAAGCACACUUCAUAUUAUAAACCACUGGACAUCAAGAAUACGAUUACCUACUUCACAAGGCUUAUGGAAGCUAUGAGAAAGAAUGUCAAAUUUGCUAUUGAUGAGGUUUGUCAAGGAGUAGAACCCACUGUUGCUGCAGCAAUAUGGCACCUUGAGUGGAACGGUAAGAUCAUCCCAUUUACCAGAGGCUGCAGCUUCUACAUGUGUUCAGCAAAAGGAGAAGCCCUUCUUAUUAGGAAAGUCCACAUCUUCAACGAGUCACCUGUGAAACCAGUAAAUCUGGCAUUGGACAUACUUCUAUUUGUUACCUUUUUGUUCGACCUACUUCCAAAACAAGCUGAAGAUUUUCUACAGAAUCCAGAAGCACUAGUCCAGUCCUGCGUGAAGUUUUACAAAUUCCUCCUGGAGCCUGUUAUCGUGUACCUUCUUGCAUAUUCUAUCCGCUUCUGGUCAUUUGUUGUGAAGCUUUACAAAUUAUACCUGGAGCCUUGUAUCGUGUAUCUUCUAGCAUAUAAUUUCCGCUUCUGGUCAUUUGUGGCACGAAGACUGGAUACGGUGCUCGACGUGUUGUAUAACAUUUUCAAGCAGUUCAUGUAA